AUCUCCAACUCCCUGCUAUGCGUGUCUCUCUCAUGAUGCAAGCUUCGCAGACCAACAAAUCGCAGCCAAAGCCUCUGCCGCUGCCGCUGCCAUCUCCGCCACUCUCGCUGCCGUCGACCGUCCCGCGCCGGCGAAACCGCAGCGCCUCCUCCUCUUCCUCGUCUUCCUCCGUGUCCACCGCCUCCUCCUCCUUCUCCCCGUCGACGUCCCCUGCGCCGUCUCCUCGCACCGCCUCAGCCACUUCCGUGGUGCCCUUUUCGUGGGAGCGCCGCCCGGGACUCCCCAAGAGCAAUCUCGCCGGCCUUAUCUCCUCGUCCAGCGGCACCGCGGCCGUUCCGCUCCCACCGCCGCCACUGCGCCCUUCCACUCGCCGCUGCCGGCAGCGCAGACGCCGCCGCGCCCUCGACGCCCCUGCACCUGCACCCGCAGCAGACCCCUUCGCCGCCGCCUUCGUGGAGUGCACAAGAGAAGAAGGCACAGACGACGCAGACGACAAGCUUUGGCUGACGCCGACGACAACCAACUCCAGCCGCAUGGCGCGGUCGUGGCGACUCGCCGGCGGCGGGGUCCGUGUCAUCAGGUUCCUCGACCUAUACGGGUGCAGGAGGGCCAUGGACGUCGCCGACGGUGCUUUCCUUGCCCGCCGGUCCGUCGCACCGCGUCCACGUCCAUGACCAGGCCGGGCUGACUACACAGAGAUAAGUAGCAAUAAUUAACAUGUCUGAUCGUCUGCCACCGCGAAAAAUGGCAGAACAUGAGCUUUGCUGGGGUCACAUCGAUCAUCUGAUUAGCGUCAUCCGGAGCACGGAUUUCUGAUCAGACGGUUGAGGUGUCAUGAACAGCAUGCGCCACAGCUUAAUUAGUGUGCUUUCCUUUGUUCAUGGAUGCGUGUGUCUCGAGAAAAGUUUGCUUGUUUCUGGCAACACAGUACUACUAUAUAGUAUAAAAUGUCUGGUUGUCUUGGGAUUCGUUUGGUUUGGCUUGUUAAUUUUGCGGGGACUAAUAUAUAUAAUCUGAAGUUGUUGCGGGAGUGUCGUAUGCUACACCUGUUGUUGGUGAGCGUGGGUGGGCUGCUCCAUGAAUUAGCACCAAACUUCGUCAAGUGAUCACCCCUAUGCAGUGUACUACUGUGCGCACACGCAUACUCCCUCCGUUCUAAAUUACUCGUCGCUGAAA